AUAAAUUAUUACAAGGUUAAGUAAGUUUAUGUUUGUAGUAACUGAUUUUUUUUCCAAAAAUUAAUAGGGAAAAUAAAAUAAUAAAAAAAAAAGUCAACACAAUUGGUUCACCACUUCAUAAUCAUCAUCUUCACACCUCUUUAAUAAAUAAUAUAUAAAUGAAAGAGACAAAGAGGGAAGUAUCAAUCAAGCUUGAAGGAGAGAGAAGAAGAAGGAAAAAAAAAAAAGAAUGUCGACGACGACUUCUGAGGCGAGAUCACCGCUACCUUUGUUGUUGAAAAGAGGAAGGUCUUCGACGGGAACAUCAACGACGGCGGAAGCAAGAUCGCCGUUAUCGGUACUGCAGUUCAGAAGAAGAUCGAGCAAAGAUGUGAGGAACAUAACGUCAGUUUCGAGCAGUCUCUUGCCUGCGUUUGGGACUGUCAUCGAAGACGAUAGUUCUUCUUCCAGACCUUACAUCGUUCUUCACUAUGAUCGUCGUUACAGGUUGUGGGAAUUGUUUUUGGUGAUACUGGUGGGUUAUUCAGCGUGGGCAUCUCUGUUCGAGUUGGCUUUUAUGAGAGCAGCUGAAGGAGCUUUAAUGACCGUUGAUCUCGUCGUUGACUUUUUCUUUGCCCUUGAUAUUAUCCUCACAUUUUUCGUUUCCUACUUGGAUAAGUCUUCUUACCUAGUUGUUGACGACCACAAGCUCAUCGCCAAACGGUAUUUGAAGAGCGUGGCUUUUGUGAUGGACGUAGCAUCAACGUUACCGAUUCAGUUCAUUUAUAAAACUAUUACCGGAAAUAUCGGACGAGGCCAAGCUUUCGGCUUCCUUAAUUUGCUCCGCCUCUGGCGUCUCCGUCGUGUAGCCGAACUCUUCAAAAGGCUAGAGAAAGACCCACGUUUUAACUACUUCCUCAUCAGACUCAUUAAACUACUUUGUGUAACGAUAUUUUGGAUACAUAUGGCGGGUUGCAUUUUAUACUGGAUAGCCUACCAUUAUCCAAGGCCUACAGAAACAUGGAUAGGAUCACAAGUAGAGGAUUUCAAGGAGAGAAGUAUAUGGUUAGGCUACACUUACUCAAUGUACUGGUCCAUUGUCACACUCACUACCGUGGGUUACGGUGAUCUGCAUGCCGUUAAUAGCCGUGAGAAGACAUUCAACAUGUUCUAUAUGCUUUUCAACAUUGGCCUCACGGCUUAUAUCAUCGGUAACAUGACCAAUCUGGUUGUCCAUGGAGCUCUUCGUACAUUUUCCAUGAGAAGUGCGAUCAAUCAGAUAUUGCGGUACACAAGCAAGAACAGGUUACCAGAUACAAUGAGGGAGCAGAUGCUUGCACAUAUGCAGCUCAAGUUCAAGACCGCAGAGUUAAGGCAAGAAGAGGUUCUUCAAGACUUACCUAAGGCCAUAAGAUCAAGCAUUAAUCAACAUCUAUUCCGCUCUGUCAUCGUGGAGGCUUAUCUUUUCAAAGGAUUCCCCAAUGGCCUCAUUGUCCAGCUGGUUUCCCAAAUACAAGCAGAAUAUUUUCCGCCGAAAAUGGAGAUAAUAUUGCAGAAUGAGAUUCCAACGGAUUUCUACAUAAUUGUAUCUGGAGGAGUGGAUAUAGUUGCAUCCAAGGGUGUGAGUGAACAGGUAUUGGCCAAGUUAGGUCCCGGAAGUAUGGCAGGAGAGAUAGGAGUAGUGUUCAACAUUCCUCAGCCUUUCACUGUGAGGACACGUCGACUUUCACAAGUUAUCAGAAUUGGUCAUCAUAAGUUCAAAGAAAUGGUUCAGUCUGAUAAUGACGUGGACGCCAAAAUGAUCAUCACCAAUUUCAUGACUUAUCUUAAGGGAUUGAAUGAUGAGUUGAAGAAAGAAAUUCCUUUUCUUAGAGAUUUACUAGCUGACGCAGAUGCUCAGGUUCAGGAAACAGUUCAGACAGAAGAAACACCACAAAGUAACAAUGAGGAGAUAGUUACGGUCUCAAGAGAUGAAUAUGAACAGAAAGAAGAGAGAAGAAGUGAGGGAGUUCCUAAAAGAGUGAUAAUUCAUGGACAAGCUCCUCCUAAUCAAGAUAACAACAACAAUGGUGAUUCCAACGGUAGACUUGUCAUUUUGCCUGAUUCUAUCCAACUUCUAUUCGACUUAGCUGAGAAGAAGUUGGGGAAACGAGGAAGCACGAUUGCAAUGGCAGACGGUGCACAUGUUGAACAAAUUGAUGCUCUUCGAGAAAACGAUCAUUUAUAUAUUUUCUAAAAAUAUCUAUAUUCACAAUUAAUUAUCACCUCCCACACAAAAUACUGAUAUAGAAAGAAAGAAAAAAACUACUAUAUUUUUGUCAGCGUAAACGUUCUUAUGAAAAGAAGCAAAGUCGGAUAUAUGAAAAUAUAAGGUGAAGAUCGAAUUCCCAAUUCCAUUA